AGCGACCAUGUCAGCGGCUCCUCUCAGAAGUUGCUCCUAUAAAAAGCGGCGCUGCGUCGCGGUGCAGCUCAGACUCUUCUCCGCUGCAGGUGCGCCACUUCCACACUGAGAUGCGCGUCAUGGAGCGCACUUUCCGAGAGCAGCUCUUCUUCCUGGUGCUGUGUCUGUCGGUGCUGACGGGAGACUCCCGGUACAUCGAGAACAACGACAUCUCCAAAGAUGAAUUAUUUUCAUUUUUCAACCCGGAACUCAAAAGAGAAACACCUGAGGAGUUACUGUAUCGCCGACCUUUACGUUGUCUGGACAUGAUUGCAGUGGAGGGUCAGUUCACCUUCACAGCGGAGCACCCUCAGCUCAGCUGCGCUGCCUUCUUCAUGGCAGAGCCCACCGAAGUGAUCAGUGUGGAUUAUGACAAUGUGGACAUCGACUGCAGGGGGGGGGACUUCAUCACGGUGUUUGACGGCUGGGUGAUGAAAGGAGAGAAGUUCCCCAGCUCCCAGGAUCACCCGCUGCCUCUGCACGAGCGCUACGUGGAUUACUGUGACUCGGGAUCACUGAAGAGAAGCGUGCGCUCCUCUCAGAAUGUGGCCAUGGUCUUCUUCCGCAUUCACAACGCCGGCAGCAGCUUCACCCUGACAGUCAGGAAACACAUCAACCCCUUCCCAUGUAAUGUCAUCUCCCAGUCACCAGAGGGCAGUUUCACAAUGGUGAUCCCGCAGCAGCACAGAAACUGCAGCUUCUCCAUCAUUUAUCCAGUGGAGAUCGACAUCUCUGAGUUCAGCCUGGGACACAACGUCAACUUCCCCAAGAGAUCCAUGCCUAGAUGUGCAGAAGCCGGAGAUUUUGUGCAGUUACUCGGGGGAAGUGGCAUUGACACAUCGAAGCUUCUGCCCAUCACAGACUUCUGCAUCUCCUUCUCUGGUUCCACUCACAUGAAGGUCGGCUGCGACAACACAGUGGUGAGGAUGGUGUCCAGCGGCCAGUUUGUCAACCGCGUGUCUUUCAGUUACCGGCUUCUGGACAGCCAGGAGCUUCAGACCAUCAAACUCAACAAUGUGGAAGAUUUCUGUUUCAACAACUGAUCCCAGCAGGAUUGGAAAGUGACAAAUGUAUCAUUUGACUGCACAUUUUUUUUAAACAAUUUUAUUUAACGCAACAGAUCCGACUGGUCAUCCCCUCUUUUUAGACAGCACUGACAUAAACCAGUAUGAAAUAUAGAUAUAUGAUAUAUUCAGUCACAUUACUCAAAUAUUCAGUCACAUUACUCAAAUGCAACAAUUCACUGGACUGCUUUUCUUUCUUUUUUCAUCUUUUUAUUUAUUGUUGCUAAAUAAAUCUUGAUCAAGUGUCCUUUUGUGUUCGGUGGAUCUGCAGUUAUUUAUAUUUUUGUCUCGUCUUCAUUAAGAUGAUAUUGUUUUUAUGUUGUGUAUGAAUUAAUGGUCAGCAUUCUUGAAAAAGAAUGGUGCUAAAAUGAAUGUUGCCUUCUGAUUAUUUUGCUGUAUGAUACACGGCGGGUAACCGUUCGGUUUAUCAAAUGCAAGUAUUUAUUGUCAGUAUGCAGUUAAAUUU